AUGUUCAAUACAGUGUCUGGUAAAAAAUUGCCAUACUCGCGUUUGCCCUUCAAGAAGGAUACUGGGGACACAAGGGAAACACCAGCAAUUGAUGUGUGCAAAGGGCCAUUGGAGGAUAAAGCAUGGUUGAGCAUAUAUGACUUACAAGUCACUGAGGAUCAGAUACAAAGGGAUCUCUCAUUAAUCAUUAUACAAGUUGUUUGGGACGCUUAUGAGGCCACUGAGGAAUCUCACGGGGUCUGCAUUCACGAGUGGGAUGAGUUCAAGACCCCUGAUUAGCAAAUGAUUUUUGAUAAUAUGCAGAAACCAGCAUUUGUGUUUGAUGGCAGAAACAUUGUGGAGACUAAGAAGCUGAGGGAUAUAGGAUUCAUUAUCUACUCAAUUGGGAAGCUAUUGAACCCAUGGCUCAAGGACAUGCCUGCGGUCGCAUAA